CACAGCACAACACACACACAGACUAGCUACGUGUAGAUUGCAGCAAUGGCGACCUGCUCCGCAGUGCUCCUUGUCCUGCUGGCCGUUUUCGCCGCCGGUGCGAGCGCGGCCACGUUCACCAUCACCAACAACUGCGGCUCCACGGUGUGGCCGGCGGGCAUCCCGGUGGGCGGGGGCUUCCAGCUCGACUCGGGCCGGACGUCGAGCAUCAACGUGCCCGCCGGCACCAGCGCCGGCAGGAUAUGGGGCCGCACCGGGUGCUCCUUCAACGGCGGCAGGGGUCGGUGCGCGACCGGCGACUGCGGUGGCGCGCUGUCCUGCAGCCUCUCCGGGCAGCCGCCGGCGACGCUGGCCGAGUACACCAUCGGCGGCGGCGGUGCGAACGACUUCUACGACAUCUCGGUGAUCGACGGAUACAACCUCCCCAUGGACUUCUCGUGCAGCACCGGCGUCGCGCUUAGGUGCAGGGAUUCCAACUGCCCGGAUGCCUAUCACCAGCCCAACGACGUCAAAACACACGGCUGCAACGGCAACAGCAACUACCAGAUCACCUUCUGCCCAUGAAGCGCUACGUCACACCUCGAAUGAACGGCGUAAAUAUACGACCGUAUAAAUAAUGUACUGCUUACAUCACGAUACUAUCAUCUGUAUUCCAGCCGUCAUACCUACGUAUAGACGAACGGCCAAAUAAAGUUCAAAAUAAAUCGAGGAUGGACAUACAUGCAUAGUCAUGUAUAUUUAUUCCCUCCAUUUGAAAAUAA